AUGAAUAGCAAAACAGACGUCUCCUACGCCGAAAGCAGCGCCUACGGCGAGAUCGAGCCAUGUAAGAUUGCAACGACCAACAGCGGCGAUGGUGACCAGCUUGCCGCGCUCGGAAAGAAACCCGUGCUCAAGCGCAAUUUCAACUUCAUCUCCAUCCUCAGUCUCAGCGUGACAGUGCUCAUCACAUGGGAGGCAUCCCUCGUUCUCUUCUCCCAGGGUCUGGAGAAUGGCGGCCCCAGCGGUCUCGUAUACACCUACAUCAUCGUCUGGGUCGGCAACCUGAGCACGUUUUCCGCCAUGUGCGAGCUCGUCUCCAUGGCGCCCACGGCUGCCGGACAGUACCACUGGGUCUACAUGCUCGCGCCAAAGUCGAGCCGCAACCUGCUGAGCUUCAUCACGGGCUGGAUCACCGCCGCCGGCUGGCAGGGCAGCGUCGCCUCGGCCUCGUUUAUCUGCGGCAGCCUGGCGCAGGGCCUCGCCGUCCUCACGAUGCCGUCGUACGUGCCCACGAGGUGGCAGAACACGCUGCUGAGCAUCGGGAUAGCCGCGUUUUGCCUGUUUGUCGCACUCUAUCUCAACUUUAUCCUGCCAAAGAUUGAGGUUUGCAUCCUGGUGAUGCACGUUACGGCAUUUUUUGGCAUUUUGGCGACCAUGGUGGUGAUGGGCGAGCACGGCGAUGUCACAAGUGUAUUUGCGACCUUUGCGAAUGGCGGAAACUGGCCAUCCCAAGGCGUCUCUGUCCUUGUUGGCAUGAUUGGUAACGCUUUUGCGUUUAUCGGAGCGGAUGCGUCUUUCCAUCUGGCCGAAGAAAUCCAAAAGCCGUCCAUCUAUAUCCCGAGAGCAAUGAUCUCGGGCAUGCUGAUCAACGGCGUCCUCGGACUGGCAAUGCUGAUUGCUGUCUGCUUCAGUCUCGUCAACCUGCCCGACGGCCCACCCCAGUUUAUCUUUCCCAUGCUGGACAUCUUCUAUGCUGUGACAAAGUCCGUUCCCGCAGCUGCUGCCAUGGGAUCUGUGAUUGCCAGCAUGGGAAUCUUUGCAUUGAUUGGCCUCUUCGUCUCGGCAUCGCGCGUCUUGUGGUCCUUUGCGCGCGACCAUGGUGUUCCCGGGUGGAGGACUGUGUCAAAGGUGGACCCGAAAACCCAAGUUCCGAUAUGGGCAUGCACCAUCACUGCUAUCAUCACCAGUCUCCUCACACUUAUCAACAUCGGUUCCUCGGUCGCCCUAAACGACGUGCUCUCUCUGUCAAUUUCGAGCCUAUACACUUCAUAUCUCAUCACUCUCUCGUUCUUCCUCUAUCGCCGCCUAACUGGUGCCAUCGCCGAACCAGAUAUUAACGAGGAAGGAGGAGCUUCACCGGAUAACCUCGUAUGGGGCCCUUGGCGGAUCGGCGGAUUGUUGGGCACCGUGAACAACGUUUUUGCUUGCUUUUACCUGUCCUUUGUGCUGUUUUGGAGCUUCUGGCCGCCCGCAACACCGGUUGUCGCGGAGACUAUGAAUUAUUCUUUCAUGGGCCUUUUGGCUGUGAUUGGCCUCAGCAGCGCCUACUACUUUGCAACAGCGAGGAAGCAGUUUAGCGGCCCAAUCGUUGAAUUGGAUGAAACCUCUGGUUAG